CGUAGAAUGAAAUUGGAGCUGGAGGUGGAGAAUAAUAAGAUCCUCUCCAAAGCACUGCAGAUGCUGGCAGCCGAGCACCACCAGCUGGAGCAGGUGGUCGUCGAGGGCUCUGGCGGCCUCAGCGACGAUGAGUUCCACCGUGCUUGGAUCAGAUGCGGAGCUCUCAUUGAGCAGUUUUGAGACUAUGGCGAGUCAUUCCUUCAAGGACGAAGAAGGCGGCGUCAUGUUUGGCAGCAGCAGUGGCAGCAGUCGCCCCGGUGGCGAGUCGCAGGGAGAUCGCCAUGGCAACGAGCAGCAGUCACAACCCAACGGGAUCAUCGAGUAUAGGACUAGUUUACCUGCACCUAUGUUUUCAAGAAAUGACUUCAGCAUUUGGAGUAUUCUCAGAAACUGCAUCGGAAUGGAGCUCUCCAAGAUUGCCAUGCCUGUGAUCUUCAAUGAGCCGCUUAGCUUCCUGCAGCGUCUGACAGAAUACAUGGAGCACACAUACCUCAUUCAGCAGGCUAAUGCUACCAUCAAUUCCCUUGACAGGAUGAAGUGCGUAGCAGCAUUUGUGGUUUCUGCCGUAGCUUCGCAGUGGGAAAGGACAGGCAAGCCCUUCAACCCGCUGCUUGGAGAAACCUACGAACUGGUCAGGGAGGACCUUGGUUUCAGGCUCAUAUCGGAGCAGGUUAGCCACCACCCUCCAGUGAGCGCUUUUCAUGCCGAGGGUCUCCAGCAGGACUUUGUGUUCCACGGUUCCAUCUACCCCAAACUCAAGUUUUGGGGGAAGAGCAUGCAAGCCGAGCCCAAAGGCGUCCUCACGCUGGAGCUGCCCAAGCACAACGAAGCCUACACAUGGACCAAUCCCACUUGCUGUGUACACAACAUCAUAGUGGGCCAGUUGUGGAUUGAGCAGUAUGGCAGUGUGGAAGUGGUCAAUCACAAAACUGGUGAAAAAUGCUGCCUUAACUUCAAGCCGUGUGGACUUUUUGGCAAAGAACUGCACAAAGUUGAAGGCUACAUAUUGGACAAAAGCAAAAAGAAGCUGUGCGCGCUGUACGGCAAGUGGACCGAGUGUUUGUACGUCAUCGAUUCUGCUGCCCUCGAGGCCCACAGGAAAAGUGACAGGAAAGGAGCCGAAGGCAAAAAUGCCAACAGAAAGGUUGGUAACGAGGAGGAUGUUCCCUCUCAACCGCCUUGUAGCGUGGAUGUGAUUCCCGGCAGUCAACUUCUGUGGAGGAUCGCCCCCCGGCCAGCCAACUCUGCUCAGAUGUACAGCUUUACGACUUUUGCCAUGCAGUUGAAUGAGCUGAAUGAGGACAUGAAGGCCGUCCUUCCUCGUACAGACUGUAGGAUGAGGCCUGACAUUCGAGCCAUGGAAAAUGGUGACAUUGACUUGGCUAGCGAUGAGAAGAAAAGACUCGAGGAGAAGCAGCGAGCCGCCCGCAAGAAAAGCUCCAAAUUGGACGACGAGUGUAAAACAAGGUGGUUCCAGCAGGGCCCCAACCCGCACACCGGUGCUCAAGAUUGGAUCUUCACUGGCGCAUACUGGGACAGGAAGUACCCUCAUCUGCCAGACAUUUACUAGAAUUCUCCACAAGGAAUACGCAAACAUGAACUGUGGCCUUAAAUUGCUUUGACAUUCUAGAAGUGUGUGUAUAAAUGUCAGUAUCUCGAGGGAUUUUUAAACAAAUGUUCAUCAUUGUGGACUUUUACCUCGAGUGUGUGCGUGUGUGUGUGUACGCUGAUACAGGCCAUUGUAUAUUUCAAAAUUUAAUUAAAUUGCUGUUAGUACAGUAUAUAGACACGGUGAGCCGUCAAAUUUCAUUGUUAUUCUUAACUCCUUCACUGCCACUGAUGGCAGUAGAAGUCCAAUUCAUCCUCUAAACUAAAACCGAUUAGACAUCUAUCACCGUCACUGGCAGUAAAAGAGUUAACCUACUAAAAUGGUGUAUUUAUAUGCUUUAAAAAAGGCGGUGGGGACAAGGUAAUGUCUUAUGCACUGAAAAAAACUAGUCACUUUUAGGUACUAAAACUAUUAGGUACACCAUUAAAAAUUGAUACCACUUAAUAUAAGAGCUUGACUGAAAAAUGUAAAUUUGUGAUGUGUGCUUGCCAUUUGUGACACUCUUUUUUUAUUUAAAAGAAGAGUAACUUCUAAAGGGCAUGAGUUCAGUCAGAGUUUUAAUUCCAGACAACAGCUCAUUUAAAACUCAGGCUGUACAAUUCAUUGACAUAAUGGAAACCCAUGUCAUAUACAGGCAACUUGGGUAAAAUCGGUUCCAUUUGAGACUCAAAACGCUAGAGUUUUGCUUUUAUGUUUACUACGAGAUGGCAUCAUUAAUCCACUUUCAGUCAAGGGAGCACUUCAAAGUAAUCGUCUUUGUUUCCAAAACAAACAUUAAGUUUAAUAGCUUACUGUUUGCCAAGGAAGUAAAGGAAUGAGCCAUUUGUGGCAACUGAAAAAAAUUCUUUCAUUUACUGCUCUGUGUCAAGACUGUGCUGCGAGCUAAUUGGCUGCCUUGCGAUUUUUUUCAUUUUCUGCAGUUUUUCUUUUUUUUUCAUAUGCAGUAAAUUCAUUGGCGGAGUUUCACUUUCAGGGCGGGGCAACAUGUUGAUGACCCUGAAACGGAGUGUCAGCAAUAAAAUUAACUUACAAAAAUAUUUAUAAUAAUAAGUUGAAAAUGAGCCCCCCCCGCAUAAUUCUUGAGGGGAAUUCUAAAUCAGGCUGCUUAGGACAGCUAUACUUUUUGCCGAGAUCGUCAUCCAUUGAAUAUGGUAUGCCCGCCGGUGUCGUGCCAAUGUAGUUACCCUGGUCAAAAAUUGUGUCCCCUGGGCGAAGUCACUGCGCUGCACUGAUUUGCUUGGUUUCUGUGUUUUGGUUAAUUAGUUAUCUACGAGGUUUUAAAACAUCCAGCAAAAAAAAAAAAAACAUUUUUCAGUCGUAUAACGGAACAUACGUAGUGAACGUAAAAAUUGCCAAUGUUUUACUAUUUUACUGAUAGGAUGACCUAUAACUGUUAUUAUUGUAAUUCAAGUCCUGUAUGGAGUUUCUCCAGUUUAAUAAACGUCGAUGUCCAAAAUAUAGAACUGUGGUUCUUUUCUGGCUUCAAAUUAAUUGUGUAAGUCGACAUAACUAACUACACAACAUAACUGUGUGUGUGCACUCCCGCAGCCAGGUGUUACAAUUUUUGACUGGGGUAACUACAUUGGCAAGACACCGGUGGUGGCACUGUUGUACAAUUGGUGUCUUUUAGUGGGGCAAAUUGAAACUCCGUUCUUUAUUUUGGCGGUGCUCUCUGGCGUUUCAUGGUCCACAUUUUCAAUCCUUGGUUCUUGCGCAGUAGUUGUUGUCGCUUUUGAAAGCUUAGGUUUGAAAAAAUUACGUAUAUCCAUCUUGCCUCUUUGGUCCUCGGGUGUUUUUGGCGAAGCAAAGCAAAUGACCGUCUAAGGUGCUGAUCACAUGAUCUGUUCGAAAAAUAAUUGUGACCCAUUAUAGAAAUAUCUUUUUUGUUCAUUUCAUUCAUUUUUGUUGUUUGUUUUAUUGCUUUCCAAAUUUGAUAGACAAUAUUUUACCGGAAAACUCUUAAUUUUAUAAACAAAAUAUAGGAAAGUCAAUUACAUGCAAUUACACUUUUCAGCCACCAAGGGGGGGCCCCUUGGUUCCCCCCCUAAACUCUGCGUAUGAUUAAAUUUAACUCAUUUGCUGCCAUUGACGGUAAUAGCAGGGGUGAAAGUGGGCCAGAACGGUCAGGAACACAGUUCCGGUAUAAGAUUCAGGGCCGGAACGCAGUUCCUGCAUACCAGGGGUCGGGAACCUUUUUGGCUGAGAGAGCCAUGACCACCACAUAUAUUUAAAUGUAAUUCUGUGAGAGCCAUACAAUAUGUUUAAAACUAAAAAUACAAGUAAUAUGUGCAUUUUAUGUAAUUUCAACACUUUUAAAGUGCAAUAAGUCUCUGAAUUCUUUUUAAUAACUUAUAUAAAUAAUAAUAAUUAAAUUAAAUAAUAAUUAUUAAAUAAUAUUUAAAUAGUUAUUUUAAUCCACAGAUACCGUUGUACUUACGGUUUUAAACCAGCAAGGGAGAGGCGUUCGCUACGUGGCGUGCAUGUGCAAUAAAUGUUCGCAUUUUAUUAAUUUCCUUAUGAUUUAAAAAAGUCAAUAUUUGCGCGAUCUUUAAAAUAUAUUCCGUUUCACUCUGCAUAGUAUGUCAUUUGUAGUUAUUUUUCUGAAUCUAUAUGUUACUUAUAUCUUUAUGUUAAAAAAAAAAAAAACACACAACAAAAAGUAAAUGUUUACAUUAUCUUUAAUAUACAUCCUAUGUUCUUAAGUAGUUGAAAUUGAGAUUUGGCAUGUAGUAUGUGUGGAAAUGAGGGAAAAUAAAAAUUAGGAGAUGGAGGAUGGGGUUGUAGCUGUUUUAGUUUUAUUUUGCAAAUCAUUGAAAAAAUACAAUUUUUAAUGAAAAUCAGUUUUUGUAUGUGUUACAGAAAUAACUGACCAAAACAGUUGUCUUUGCAUUUCAAUAGUUUGAUAAAAUUUCUGGCUCCAUGGCGACCAUCAUGUCGGGGAGUUCCAGCAAGAAAUUCUAACCACUUUCACCCCUGGGUAAUAGACGUCCAAUUCGUUUGACGUGGGAGGUUAGGCGGCGACUGAUCGAGCAAUCACUGCCACCCUUCCAGUUCAAAUGGACUGGACAUCUCCUAAUGAUAAACUCAUUUCAUUUCACAACAGAAGGAUGAAAAGAGCCAAAUGAUCGGACGGCUAUAAUCGUCAAUGGCAGUGAAAAAGCUAGUUAUACAAUAACAAUGGUACCACAAAAAAAUAUUUUUAAAUUUUUUUUGCUGGUUGUUUUACAAACUGCAUAUUUUGCAAGUGUACUUCGUAAAAUUUGAAGUGUUCUGUGUGGGAUUUUUUUCUCCUCUGCCUGCAUACUGAUUGCACUCCAUUUUUCAGUGUACGGGACACGAGUUGACGUCCACCGCGCCGAUAACUGUUACUGCCUGUGUCUCAAAUGCAAUGUUCCCGCCAUUAAUAUUCACGUCUCUUAAGCAGCCUAUGUACGGUGAUGUCACAGGUGCCCUGCUUGACUCCGUUGCCCCUGUCGGGGGAAAAAUAUAAAGUAAAAAUCAAGGUCAUUUGCUCUUUUUUAAAGAACUGUUAGUGUGAUUUCUCACCUCCAAUGUAAAGUAAUGUCCGCGUCAUAGCGGAGGGAAUGGAUGCGACGGUUCUUGCCCUCCUUUGAGACAGCGCAUCCACCAUUAGUGUGAGAUAUUUUUGUUCUUUGGAUACUGCGCACAAAUGAAUGUCACUUUGAGUGGGGUGGUCAUUAUAGUGCCUGACCUUUUAAAUAAAAAAUGUCUUUGAUGAUGUCAAUGGAAUGUGAAUACAGCAGUAGCAGUACUUUGACUUACAGGUUUUAAUUUUGCUAUGUGAGCGCAAGCUGCACUUUACUGGAAUAGGUAUACCAAAUCUGUUUUACCAUAUGAACUGAAUUGGCAUUAAUCUGUUCCAACCCAUCCAACUAAC